CCACCUAUAUUUAAAUUUACAUUAGCUGAUUUGUGUUCGGUGAUAUUAAUGUGGUAUAAUUGUAAGAACUCAGUACAAUAUUUCCCUUUGAAAUGUAGUGAAGUAUUCAGUAGCACAUAAAAUGGAAAUGCUCAAGUAACAACACAGUUUUCUAAGAACUGUACAGUUCAUGGGUAAAUGUGUUAAGUUAGUAUCCACCACUUUUAUAGACAGUUUGUUGUAAUUUAUUUAAAAACUGUUACUUAUUUACUCAUAUGAUAAUCUGCUGCUUUUUAAUUUGGUGUUCAUCUUUUCCUCAUACACUUUUCACAGGCUUUAUUAUGAAAGGGCAAGCGGAAACACGUCACGAGUCUCACAAAACAAGCGCAGGUUAGGUUUAUUAUGGAUGUUACCGGUUGUGUAGUGGCUAAAAUCAUGUUGAAGACGGUGAAGGUGCCAUCAUGACAUUUUAUUUUAAUAUACGAGAGAUACGAACAAAAGUUUAAAGCAUUUUCGCUUCCGUGGCAGCACAGUGGGAAAUGAAGACGCCAACGUUAUUAACGUUAAAGAACAAGUGCCGCACGCAAAGCUCGCUGUUUUCAUUGAUGUCCAAAGAUCCCGCCUCCAAGGAGAAAUACACCUAUCAGUGAUGGUUUUGGAGGAUGAUGGAUAUUCCCACAGGCAAUCAGAGCCAGAUACCGGGUCAGAACGUCAAGUCCGCAGCUUCACCCCCAGGACCCCUCUGCAAUUCUCUGCCCAGCAUUCAGGAUCUCAGCCUGGGCUUGCCUUCCAACCAGGGGCCUGGUUACAACCACCUGCAGGGGUCUAGCUGCGGCUCCCGGAGCAACCUCACUACCCAUUCCUCCACAAACAACACUCAUCACAGCAUGCUGCAUGGAAAUAAUGCCGACCAAAAUGUGCAGCAAUUUACUGAUGCUUAUGUUUCAUCCAUGGUUCCAGCUGCAAGCCAAGGAAUAAAUGUACCUCCCUGUUCUCUUCCUAUGAAUGAAAGGACACAUACUUUCAAGCCCCAGCAAAUGUCACUUUACAGGCCUUACCAGGCACUAUCUCCCCCUUUCCAACCUCCAUACACACACCAAGGUUCACAAAAUGGGCCUCAGUCACCAUGUCAAAAAUAUCAGCCUAUUAGCCCUCUCUCGUUUGGACAAUGUGGAAAUCAGACUCCACAAUCACCUCAGCAGGCAUUCAAGGGGGAAAAUGUGGAAUCUACUGUUAAUACUGGAUAUAUCCACAAUCAUGCUGCCUUGCCCUCUCCUAUCCAACAGCAGCCUCACAGGACACUUUCACAUUCUGCGGGAAACAUAAAUAAGUUGAUUCUCAACACAGCUGCACAGGACAGGAGCAUCACAGCACAGUCUCCUGCCUCUGAGUCUCGUUAUGGCCUGGACCCAGAGCUGCUGCCCAGUGCUGUAAAGGUGAUGGCCGAGGACAGGGUGGAGUGGGCGGGCAAAGUUUUCAUCUCAGAGCCUUUUUCCCGUCUUCCUCCCCUGGCAACUACUUCCUGUAUCAUAGAAGACAGAGGGAAUGUGAGUCCAUCAAUCAUCCGCUGCACCUCGUACUGUGUGCCCUGUGAAGGUCAGAUCGCCCUGCUCAGCCGCCUGCCACUGGGAGCUCUCGUCACCCCUCUAGCAAGACAGAAUGCUGGAGAGAAGCCCCUCCCAGUCUGCAGAGAGCCCGAAUAUGUUGUGGGCUGUGGGCAGUGUGGAGCCUCCAUGUGUCCAGUGAUGGGCUGGCAGGACUGUGGUCAGAGGUUUUCCUGCCCCUUCUGUGGUAAACUCAGUGAAGUGUCGUGGCAACACUACCAGCCCACCAGAGGGGUGGAGGGCGUUCGGGUCGAUAAAGACAAGAAGCCUGAGCUCAGCAUGGGGUCAUAUGAGAUACUCAACUCCCAGAAGGGUGAACCUGCUGCACUGCUGCUAGCCAUAGAUGUGUCUGCCUCAGCGCUGAGAGGAAGAUGUAUGGAGUUUGUAACACAACAGAUACAUGCUCUGCUCACCUCUCUGAACAGGGAGGAUGUUGAUGCAUUGUCGGACGUCCGUGUUGGUUUGAUAACGUACGACAGCAGAAUCCAUGUGUAUGACCUCAGCCCUGCACUGUCCCGCCCACACAUGCUGGUCAUCACAGAGACAGACGAGCUGCAGCUUCCUGUGAGGGAGGGGCUUUUGGUUUCACUCAAAGACUGUGUAGACAGUAUCAACAGUGUGUUGCAGCUCCUUCCCCAGUUUAGUCCAACAUGUGAUGACCCCAGUGGAGUUUCCAUGGAGCUGCCUGUCAGAGCAGGGCUGGCUGUACUGCAGGCCCUGAGUUGUCCGGGCAAACUGCUGAUCUUCCACAUGACCCCUCUGAUAGAGAUGGGGGACACAAACUCGUCCUCAGGGUUUUUUGGCUCCAACAAACCAAAGUCCAUCUUUCAGCCAUCAGAAGUAGCCAUCUCAUUGGCCAAGGAGUGUGUUCGUCAGGGCUGCGGCGUUCACCUGUUUGCCCUCUCCCAGCAAGACGUGGGCGGGGCUUGGCCCGGGCACAUUCCCUAUCUAACAGGUGGAGCUCUGCACACCUACAGCCACCUGCAGGGAGAAUUGGACAGAGAGCGUUUCAGCACUGAUCUGAAGAGGACUGUGAAAACAGAAACAGGCUACAAGGCGGAGCUCAGGAUUUUUGUCAGCAAAGGUGAGAGAUUUUUGUGUGUGUGUGUGAUUCUACAGUGUCCAUUAAAAAUGCCUGUGAUUCCACUGUUUGAGCCUGCUUCACCAGAUCUCCGUGUCUCCGGCUGUUACGGACUGUUUGUCCCCGGUCCUAACCCCAGCCUCGUUACCAUGGCAACCCUUGAUGGAUGGACAACGCUGGCUGUGGAGCUGGCACACACCAGACCUCUGGACGAGACGAGAGGUGUAGCUGUACAGGUUGUGCUGUCUUACAGCACUCAGACAGGAGACAGGAGGACCAGGGUUCACACGCUGACUCUGCAGUGCUCACAUCGCCUGCAGGAAACUUUCCGGCACUACCAGGCCCAAACACUGCUCGCCUUCUACUGCAAGAAAAUGUACUGUGCAGUGUUGGAGCGCCCUCUACAGGAGCUGAGAGAGGAACUGCAGACAGAUCUAACUGAAGCACUGGCGUCCUACCGUAAGCACUGCUGCUCUGCCUCAGUGUCUGCUGGACAGCUGGUCCUUCCACAGCACCUGCGAGCUCUUCCUGUUUACAUCAACAGUCUGAGGAAGAGUGAGGUCCUGCUGCCGGGCCUGAGGAGCUCUGUCCACCAGCGACUGCAGCAGCGCUGCCAGGUGCUCAGCAUGGACACCUGCUGCACCGCCACACACUUCUACCCUCAGCUGCUGCCUCUGCCUCUGUCAGUUGACAGCUCCAACCUUCCAAACCCAGAGGAGGCGCUGCGCUGCUGUGGUGCCAGCCUGGACCCCAGAGGUCUGUAUUUGGUGCAUGCACCCCUCACCCUGCUGCUCUGGGUGGGCACCAGAGUUCCAACAAGCUCCCUGGUCGAGCUCUUCAACACCAGCUGCUUCUCCUCCCUGUCCUCUGGAGAGACCAAGCUGCUCGUUCUAGAAAACCCUCUAUCCAUCAGUGUUCGAUCCCUCAUCAACACGUUGAAUUCCCAGGUGCCCUGUGCCCGCAAGCUGUGGGUGGUGAAGGAAGGUGACACCUGCGAGGAGGCCCUGCAGCGCCACCUGGUGGAAGACAAGAGUCCCAAUGGAGGAGCGUCCUACACAGACUUUCUCUACCAUCUCCACGUCAGCUCUGUCCGCCUGCUGCAGUGACACACAAACACACUUUUUAUGACCUGUGUGUGCAUUACCUUCUACAAAACAUGAUACUGCAGCAUAACUGCAAUAAAAAACAGGAGGGGAACAAACAUAUCACUAGACCUUACUGUUAUUUGGAAAUAUUAAAAUCUGCCAAUCAGGCCUUGCAUGGAUGCUUUAAGAAAUGCAUCAUUUUAUUUUAAUGACUGCUGUGAAAUAAUAAGUGUGACAUGCUGUGUUGAAUGUGAUCUGUGCCGUUCAGAAGGAGGUGUUUGAUAUUCUUGCAUCUUGGAAGAUCAGUGUGGAAGGCGAAGUAAGACUUUAGAUUUUGUACUACUGUUUAUCCUCUUUAUAUUUCACUUGUGUUGUUUGGUAUUCAGGGUGGAUGGCAAAGUAAGAAUUUCAUUGUGCAGGGAAAUACGUUUCCAUACUGUGUGUGCAUAUGACAAUAAACACACACUUUGAAUCUUGGCAAUUCUCUAAUCCCUGCCUGAGAUUUGUGUGUAUGUCUCUUUGGGUGUGUGUGCAGUCUCCUGUAAAUAAAUA